AUGGUCAAUGCAUGGUUUGCUGAGAGAGUUCACACCAUCCCUGUGUGCAAGGAAGGCGUCAGAGGCCACACGGAAGCUUGCUCUUGCCCCUCGCAGCAGAGUCUCCGUGCAGAGAGCAGCGUCCCUGGAACACCAACCAGGAAAAUCUCCGCCUCCGAAUUUGAUUGGCCUCUUAGACCUAUUGUCGUCAAGGAUUCUGAGGGAACUGUGAGCUUCCUCUCUGACUCAGAAAAGAAGGAACAGAUGCCUCUAACCCCCCCAAGGUUUGAUAAUGAUGAAGGGGACCAGUGCUCAAGACUCUUGGAAUUAGUGAAAGAUAUUUCUAGUCACUUGGAUGUCACAGCCUUAUGUCACAAAAUUUUCUUGCACAUCCAUGGACUCAUCUCCGCUGACCGCUAUUCCCUGUUCCUUGUCUGUGAGGACAGCUCCAACGACGAGUUUCUUAUCAGCCGCCUCUUUGAUGUUGCAGAAGGUUCAACACUGGAAGAAGCUUCAAAUAACUGUAUCCGCUUAGAGUGGAACAAAGGCAUCGUGGGACAUGUGGCUGCUCUUGGUGAGCCCUUGAACAUCAAAGAUGCAUAUGAGGAUCCUCGGUUCAAUGCAGAAGUUGACCAAAUUACAGGCUACAAGACACAAAGUAUUCUUUGUAUGCCAAUUAAGAAUCAUAGGGAAGAGAAUGGUUAUACAAGUGUUCAGUUCAGAAAUUGGUGGUAGUCAUCUCAAAUAUUGAAAGUGGGGAGGUCCUUGAAAGAUGGCAGUUUGAUAUUGAGUGUGACAAGACUGCAAAAGAUGACAGUGCACCCAGAGAAAAGUCUCAGAAAGCUAUCCAAGAUGAAAUCCGUUCAGUGAUCAGACAGAUCACAGCUACAGUGACAUUUCUGCCACUGUUGGAAGUUUCUUGAGAAGCCCUUCCGUUGAGGUGGACACCCACAGCCAAAAUACUACAUCCUCUGAGGGAGCCAAUCAUACCCUGCUGAUCCACAGCCCCGUAGAACUCAAAAGAGGCUGGAGGAGGCAGAAGCAGCACCUCUUCUUAUACAGCGAUUUG